UUGCGUGUUAGUAUGUUUCGUGAGCCAGAGGAGCUUGCCGUAGACGAAGCUGCUGCAAAGCUCGACAGGAUCGCUGCCGCAGGCAGAUCUACCAUCCGGCGCGAGUCCACUACCCGACCAAGGCGAUUUUCCUCCAGCCGUUCUCUCAUCGAUCACAUACUAGGAAGCCGCCGCGAAGCUGCACUGAGUGAAAACAAUCCUUCGCGACCGAGUCGUGAGCAAGAACUAGACGCCGAAUUGGGUCGGCUUCGGCGCCAGAGACAGCGCGCUCGUGUCCAUCAGCGCGACCGGGAAAUUGCAAGGCGCAUCGGCACCGACAAUCUACGCCCCGAACCGGAGUCCCGGAGCGACGUUGAUGUCGAUCUCUUAAGUAGACUGCGCACCGAUUUCGGCACCGCAACCAGGGACGAACUGCACCCCGAAUUCGCCCUCGACACUCUUCUGCCUAAUACCCAAGAAAGCAUUUCGCAGCAUCUGCCACGUCCGUCCAGAGAAUCAGGCUUGAGAUUCGAAGUGGGUGCGACUUCUCAGUCCAACUCACAGCACUCUCGUCCACCACGAAUGCCUGCGCGCCGUUCAACACCACCAGGGUCUAGGCGGGCUCGACGGUCUUACAGACCUUCAUUCGCCGAUCCAGAAGAAGAAGAUGAUGAGGAAAACGAAAAUGACUACCAUUCGGGCUCGGAGUCCUUAAGGCCUGAGCGAAUCCCCGAGGAUGGACCGAUAACCAGUCCUCCGCCAGAGCGACAGGAUGGUCCCUAUCCCCCGUUGCGACGAGUCAACCAUUUUUCCCCUCGACCUUGGGAAAAUCCCGCAUCCAGAUUUGAUGGCCUCGGAGAUCGGAACCGCAGUCCAGGUCCGACAAAUGACGAACCUGUCGAGGAGAACUGGGCAAAUCUUCUAAGCACCAUGGAACCGGCUCGGUCGAGCACUGCCACUUCGUUCAUGUCAACCCGCUCGGACUCCAGAAAUGGUUCCAACAGAUCGUCGCAGGCAACGACCAUGACGACAAGCUUUGGGGAAAUUGGCGGAGACGAAUCGUGUGAUCUGGAUCUACCUUCUGGUAUCACCGAAGACGAUGUCCGGGAGAUUCGCGCUCGACAUGGACGAUUGCCAAGAGACCUAGAUCGCAACCUUGUAGGGACGGAGGGUGUGAUGCGCCAGGGUCCCCCAAGAGAUAUCUCCAGAGGUAAUGACAGGACCCUUGAGCUAGAGCUUUUUGGUGUAAUCCUUGAACGCAUGCAGAGAAGGGAGGAGAUACCGGAUGAGUGGUGGGCUGCAGUUGGAUUGUCACCCGAUGUUGUGAGAGGAAGUGCAUAA